UGGGCAGACGGAUCACGUGACUCCCAACCGUCGUCUCGACCUCCUCUUUGCCCCACCCCACAGGCAGAAAGAAAAAAAAAAGACGGGCCUAGAUCAGCUCUCGAGCCUGAGGCGACCGCCAUGGAACUGCUCCACCUGCGGGGGAACGAAGCGAUAAGAGGAUCCGACACGGGGCCUUGCCUUGAUGAGGCGCUGGGGAACGUGCUCGCCUCCAUCUUUUUUUUUUUUUCCCCUCGCCUCCUUUUCCCCUCCCCCUCUCCAGGAACGCCGCGACCAGGCUGAGCGCGCCACGUGACCCGGCCGGCGGGACCACCUGACCACAUCGCGGGGGAGUGAGGAGCACACCAGGAGCGGCCCGGCGACGCGCCUGCGCACUCCGGCCCGCUUCCCCCGCCUUCCCCUGGAGAAAGCCCGCGAUGGUCACGUGGGCUUGAUUCGCCCGGCAACAGGAGGGAAGCGCGAACCCGCCGCGGAGGUCACGUGGGAGGACGUCAACGUCGCUGCGGCUGCCGCCGGCGCUGAACCCCUUCGCGCAGGCGCGCCGCCUCCCUUCCCCCUUUCUGCCCCCCGCCCGCGGGAGGGAGGGAGGCAGCGAGCGGAGGGCGAGCGGGCCAAGAUGGCGGCGGCGAGUUAGAAAGCGGCGGGCGGCGCGACGGCUGCUGAGGCGACGGCCGCGGGGAGGAAGCGGCGGCGGUGGAGGAAGAAGAAGCGGCGGCGGAGGAGAACGGCGGCGAGGAGCCACCGGCGGAGCGUUCUCGACGGUGCCCUUCCGAGACGGCCAGUGAAUGGUGGAACCGGGACAAGAUCUUUUGCUUACAGCUUUAAGUGAAAGUGGAAUUAGCCCAAAUGACUUGUUCGAUAUCGAUUCUCCAGAUAUGGGUCUCACAACUGCACCUCCAGCUAUUCAGCAGUCAGUAUCUCUUAACGCAUUAGAGCUGGGUUUGGAGUCAGAAGCGUCCGUAGCUGUUAAAGCAGAGCCCCAGGCUGCCUCUUCUCCCACAGUAUUGAACAUCAGACAACCGCCGUCCACCACGACCUUUGUCUUGAAUCAAAUAAACCAGCUCCCUACCUUGGGGACGACCAUCGUAAUGACAAAAACGACACCCGUGGCCAGCGCUAGGCAGACCAUCACCGUAGCAAAAAUUAUACAAACCAGCACCACCACGCGGCCGUCGGUGACAGUGCCAGUGGCGCGGAACACCCUGACGACCACCGUGCCCAAGGACCAGAUCCAGCUGAAAGAUCUCCUUAAAAACAAUAGUCUUAAUGAACUGAUGAAAUUGAAGCCUCCUCCCAACAUCGCUCCACCAGUUGCGACUGCGGCAACUGACCUGAGUAAUGGUGCUGUUAAAAAGGAGGCUGCGACUAAAGAAGUUACAAGGAUAUGGGUAAAUGAUCUAAAGAUGAGAAGCUUCUCUCCUACCAUGAAAGUGCCCGUCACAAAAGAGGAAGAAGAACCUGAGGAAGAGGAUGAAGAAGAAAUGGGUCAUGCAGAGACAUAUGCCGAAUAUAUGCCCAUAAAGCUGAAAAUUGGCUUGCGCCAUCCAGACCCAGUAGUAGAAACCAGUUCUCUCUCCAGCGUUGCCCCUCCUGAAGUAUGGUACAAGUCUUCGAUCCCUGAAGAAAGCGUUGACAGCGGCUGGCUGUCGGCCUUGCAGCUGGAAGCAAUUACCUACGCAGCACAGCAACAUGAGACAUUCCUACCUAACGGAGACCGAGCCGGCUUUUUAAUAGGUGAUGGUGCCGGCGUAGGAAAAGGAAGGACCAUCGCUGGAAUCAUCUAUGAAAACUACCUCCUGGGUAGAAAAAGGGCAGUAUGGUUUAGUGUUUCAAAUGAUCUGAAAUACGAUGCAGAAAGGGAUUUGAGAGAUAUUGGAGCAAGAAACAUUUUGGUCCAUUCAUUAAACAAGUUCAAAUAUGGGAAAAUCUCUUCCAAGCACAAUGGAAGUGUGAAGAAGGGGGUCAUCUUUGCCACCUAUUCUUCGCUUAUUGGGGAAAGCCAGUCUGGAGGGAAAUACAAAACCAGACUCAAGCAGCUGCUUCAUUGGUGUGGAGACGACUUUGACGGGGUGAUAGUGUUUGACGAGUGCCACAAGGCUAAAAACCUUUGUCCGGUUGGCUCUUCAAAACCAACGAAGACAGGACUGGCUGUUCUGGAACUGCAGAACAAGCUUCCCAAGGCCAGGGUUGUUUAUGCUAGUGCCACAGGUGCAUCAGAGCCCCGGAACAUGGCGUAUAUGAACCGCCUCGGGAUCUGGGGGGAAGGGACUCCGUUUAGGGAGUUCAGUGAUUUUAUUCAAGCUGUUGAAAGAAGAGGUGUGGGUGCCAUGGAAAUAGUUGCUAUGGAUAUGAAGCUAAGAGGAAUGUACAUAGCAAGGCAGCUGAGCUUCUCAGGGGUCACCUUCAAAAUAGAUGAAGUUCAGCUUUCUCAGCACUACGUUAAAAUGUAUAAUAAGUCCGUGAAAAUGUGGGUAAGUGCCAGGGAGAAAUUCCAACAGGCAGCUGACCUCAUCGAUGCUGAGCAGCGCAUGAAAAAGUCAAUGUGGGGCCAGUUCUGGUCUGCCCACCAGAGAUUUUUUAAAUACCUCUGCAUUGCGUCCAAAGUAAAAAGAGUGGUGCAGCUGGCCCGAGAAGAGAUCAAGAAUGGCAAGUGCGUGGUCAUUGGGCUACAGUCCACGGGAGAAGCAAGGACCUUAGAAGCUCUGGAGGAAGGUGGCGGAGAACUGAAUGACUUCGUUUCCACAGCAAAAGGGGUAUUUCAGUCCCUCAUUGAGAAACAUUUCCCAGCUCCUGACCGGAAGAAGCUUUUCAGCUUGCUGGGAAUCGACCUGUCCGUCCAGAGUAACAACAGCUCUCCUCGAGACAGUCCCUGCAAGGAGGAUAAAGUGAAGAAGCGUAAAGGGGAAGAAAUAUCAAGAGAGAUCAAGAAAGCCCGUAAAACGGGUGGCCUGGCCGGGAGCAGCUCGGAUGAAAGCUUCAGUGAGUCAGAGGCCUCGGAGAACGAGGAGAGCGAGAACGAGAGUUCUCGAUUCUUGAGCUCCGGAGACGACGACGACUUCAACCCGUUUAGGGAUGAAUCUAGUGAAGAUGGUGAAGAUGAUCCAUGGCUAAUUCGGAAAGAACACAAGAAAAAUAAAGAGAAGAAGAAGAAGAAGAGCAUAGACCCCGAUUCUAUUCAGAGUGCCUUAUUAGCUUCCGGUCUUGGAGCCAAGCGACCGAGUUCUCUCUCCUCCGCAGCCGUCACCUCUUCUACCAACGUAUCUGCAUCCAGUAACACAAACACCAGCUACGUGACAAGUCAGGAUGCUGUUGAAAGGGCCCAGCAGAUGAAAAAAGAACUGCUUGAUAAACUGGAGAAGCUAUCAGAAGACCUUCCCCCUAAUACACUGGAUGAACUCAUAGAUGAACUGGGAGGUCCUGAGAAUGUGGCUGAGAUGACAGGUCGCAAAGGAAGAGUCGUGAGUAAUGACGAUGGCAGCAUUUCGUACGAGUCAAGAUCUGAGCUUGAUGUUCCAGUUGAAAUCCUAAAUAUUACCGAGAAGCAACGGUUCAUGGAUGGAGAUAAGAACAUUGCCAUAAUCUCUGAAGCAGCCAGCUCAGGAAUAUCUCUGCAAGCGGAUCGAAGAGCCAAGAACCAGAGAAGGCGGGUGCAUAUGACCCUGGAGUUGCCCUGGAGUGCAGAUCGGGCAAUUCAGCAGUUUGGGCGAACUCACCGGUCCAACCAAGUGACUGCCCCAGAGUAUGUCUUCCUGAUUUCUGAAUUGGCAGGAGAACAGAGAUUUGCAUCGAUCGUUGCCAAACGGCUGGAGAGCUUGGGUGCUCUAACUCACGGUGACCGAAGAGCAACAGAAACUAGAGACUUGAGUAGGUUCAACUUUGACAACAAGUAUGGUCGAAAUGCAUUGGAAAUAGUCAUGAAGUCCAUUGUGAAUUUGGAUUCCCCUUUAGUGUCUCCGCCAGCUGACUAUCCAGGAGAGUUUUUCAAAGAUGUUAGACAAGGUUUAAUAGGUGUCGGCCUAAUCAAUGUCGAAGACCGGUCUGGGAUUCUUACGCUCGACAAAGAUUAUAACAAUAUUGGGAAAUUCCUGAACCGAAUCCUGGGCAUGGAAGUACACCAGCAGAACUCUGUAUUCCAGUAUUUCUCAGACACGCUCAAUGCCGUAAUACAGAACGCUAAAAAGAACGGAAGAUACGACAUGGGCAUCUUAGAUCUGGGUUCAGGAGAUGAAAAAGUGAGGAAAGCAGAUGCUAAAAAGUUUCUAACGCCAGGCUACUCUACCUCUGGACAUGUUGAACUGUACACUAUAAGCGUGGAGAGAGGGAUGUCUUGGGAGGAAGCAACCAAGAUUUGGACGGAGCAGCGUGGACCAGAUGAUGGGUUUUAUUUAUCGCUCCAGAUACGAAACAGUAAGAAAACUGCUAUCCUUGUGAAGGAGGUGAAUCCCAAAAAGAAGCUUUUCCUGGUCUAUAGGCCAAAUACCGGAAAACAACUGAAACUGGAAACCUACGCGGAAAUAAGGAAAAAGUAUAAAAAAGUAUCCUCUGAUGAUGCUGUGACUCACUGGCUCGAGCAGUACACCUCAUCCGCAGACACAUGCACCCAUGCUUACUGGAGAGGCAACUGCAAGAAGGCGGGUCUGGGCCUUGUUUGCGAAGUCGGCUUGCGCUGCCGGACUUACUACGUCCUCUGUGGCUCGGUCCUGAGCGUUUGGACAAAGGUGGAAGGGGUUCUGGCCUCAGUUAGUGGCACAAACGUCAAAAUGCAGAUCGUUCGCUUGCGGACCGAGGAUGGCCAGAGAAUUGUAGGCUUGAUCAUUCCAGCGAAUUGUGUGUCACCCCUCGUCAACCUCCUGUCGACCUCCGAUCAGUCGCAGCAACUGGCAGUGCAGCAGCAACAGAUAUGGCAGCAGCAUCAUCCGCAGAGCAUCGCCAGCUUCAACAGCGCAUGAGAAAGACCUUUGGUAUUUGGUUCCACCACCCUUGCGUCGCUCUCUUUUUUUUUUUUUCUUCUUUGUGCCCCUUUCCCCCCCCCCCACUUUUUUUUUUAUUAUCAGGGACGGAUUCCAAAGAAUUAACUUUCAGUUCCAUCAUGCUGUCUUAGAACUCUGCAGAAGGGAAGAGGCAAAUGAAGAGUGGUCAGACUGAAAGCCCGGCCUUGCUUUACAGCAGUCCACUUUUUUUUUUUCCUUUUAAAUUUCUCCGGGGUUUCGUUGCCCCACUUUCGACACAUUGGCUCCCCCCUCCUACGUAGGUGGUCAUGGUCUGUGCGGAAGAGGCUUGAAGAUUCCCGAUCAAGCUGUCCGUUCACCGGGUCUUCCGGUGCUCAGGGUUGAAGGCAGUUCAUCAGGGCCAUGCUGCAGGAGAGGUCCUCGGAUGCACAUCUGGAGUUCCUACAUAGAGACUGUAUAUAUAUGUAUGUGUAAAUAAAUAUAUAUAUAUAUAUAUAUAUAUAUAUAUAUAAAAAAAAUAUUGGCAGCGGAGAUCUCAAACUAUUAAAAGAGUACGUUUUAUUUAAAGAAGCAGCGUGAAAACCUAGACAUUCGUACCCUGCGUUUAAGAUUGUGCCAUCUUUGGGCUGUGCAUGUCCCUGGAUGCGUCGCCAGCAGGAUCGCCGGCACGAGAGGUCGGCGGGGGCGAAAGAAAGGGACCGUCUCGAUGCAGCUGCGAGGAUUUCAUUUCGGUUUUUUUUUCCUCCUCCUCCUUCAAAUGGUGUCUGCCCAGUGAUUGUAUUUUCUGGAUUUCUCCUAGAGGUUAUAUAUUUGAAUCUUCCAUGGAUUUCCCACCCCCCUUUCCUUUCUCCUUUUUUGGGUAUGUGCGUAUGUGUGCGUGUUCAAUGAAACCAUCUUAAUUUUUUAAAGAAGUUCCUUUAAAAAAAAAAAAAAAAGAUUAAUGGUGUUCCUAAUGCAAGAAUGGCUUUGAAAAAGGCCUUAUUUUUCCCCUUCUCUCUCCAAAGUUUCCUUUAUUUUCAGGAAACUAAAGUGCAAAUUUACUUCCAUUUCCCAUUGCAACCCUUUUUUUACAAUUUCUUUUUGUUGGUUUUUUGUUCUUGUUAAUCAAUACUUUACUUGAGCUGUAGACUAGAUAUGGGGGGGCAGCCCAACACGAGGGUCCCGGCUUUUGCGCUGGGUGGUUGGUUUUCGCUCUCUUUUUUUCUGUUGCCCCAUAACUUAAAUAUUUCCUGUUUUACGUUUGUAAGACAUUGUAGAGUUUAUCCUGGAACUGUUUAAAACUGUAUCUGUACAAAAUGUGAAUAGUCACUUAUCUAAGAAUAUGGGUAAGUUUUUGUUUUGCCUAUAAUAGUAGAUGUUUAUAAGAAAGUGAAGGACAAUGUUUGUCAUAUUUCUUGCUUGCACAGGUUGCACUAUUGAAAAUUUGAGAUUGUAUAAAACCUGUCCACCGCCCCGCAAGGCGUCAAGAUCUUGCGGGGGUCCAAUUAAAAGAAACAGAACGAAAAACUGCUGUUCUAACCA